AUGGCUUUUGUUGAAAUUUUCGGCCGUGCAGGUAAUGAGGUACUUGAGAUUAACCCCACAUCAAGUUAUAUUGAUAUCCAUUUAACGAAUCAUGGAUCUAGUUGGCUUUGGGCUGCAUUCUCUGUGUUUUCUCUCCUUACUUUAAUUCAUGCUGCAAUUUUUGGUUUCAGCAAUUCAAGGAAUCAAACAAUUAAAAAGGCAAUCUUUGUUGGUCCUUUAUUUACAAACUUCGUUAUGGCAAUUGCCUACUUUACGUAUGCAUCCAACUUAGGGUACACUGGUAUCAAGACUGAAUUUCAUCAUGUCACAACUUCGGAAGGUCUCGGUUACAGACAAAUUUUCUAUGUAAAGUACAUCGGAUACUUUUUAUCAUGGCCAUUUGUUUUGUAUGCCAUUGAAGUUGCAACCCACACUUUAGAUCUUUCUUCGAAGACAAGUGCUGGUGAAACCUUUUCAGGAUUCAUUGGUAUAAUUUCAAGUUUGUUUACUAAGUUUUUAGCAACCGAAGUAUUCGUGUUAGGUUUAUUAAUUGGUUCUUUGAUUGAAUCUACUUAUAAAUGGGGAUACUUCACAUUUGCUGUUUUUGGUCAACUCUAUGCAUUGACAUUGAUUAUUGUUUCAGUAUCCAAGAAUCUUCGUUCGAUUAAUUCUAAUAGGAUUGGUACAAUUUUGAUUUCUUUUGAAUUGGUCGUUUGGAUCCUUUAUCCAAUUGCUUGGGGUUUGAGUGAAGGUGGUAACGUUAUCCAACCUGAUUCCGAGGCUGCUUUCUUUGGUGUCCUUGAUUUGAUCACAUUUGCUAUUGUUCCAACUGUUUUGACAUUUUUAAAUGCGUCAGGUUUAGAUGAGAAUGUUUUCUUAAAGUUCAACUGGAACAAUCAUCACUCUACCAAUGAGAAGAUUAUAGAAUCCCCAAGAGCAAGUGGUGAUACUGCUGUUCCACAGACAUCAGUAGCAGAAACAGGAGCUAAUAAUGUUCAGGCUGAAACAGUUUAA